AUGUCCGAUGACAAUACCGCUUACUCUAUAAAGUUUCUGACGUUCAACACGUGGGGGUUGAAGUACGUCUCCAAGCACCGCAAGGAGCGGCUCAGAGCAAUUGCCGACAAGCUGGCGGGCCAUUCCACGCUGACCCCGAUAGCAGAGGAGUUUUUGUCCAGUGCCACCGAGGGCGAAGAGGAGUACGACGUGAUUGCGCUGCAAGAGAUCUGGUGUGUGGAGGACUGGAAGUACCUGGCCUCGGCGUGUGCCGCCAAGUACCCGCACCAGCGUCUGUUCCACUCCGGGAUUCUCACCGGGCCCGGACUGGCCAUCCUGUCCAAGGUACCCAUAGAGUCGACCUUUCUGUACCGGUUCCCCAUCAACGGUAGGCCCAGCGCGGUGCUCCGCGGCGACUGGUAUGUGGGGAAGUCCGUCGCCAUCACCGUGCUGAACACGGGCACGCGUCCCAUUGCCAUAAUGAACAGUCACAUGCACGCCCCGUACGCCCUGCAGGGCGACGCGGCGUACCUGUGCCACAGGUCUUGCCAGGCCUGGGACUUCAGCAGGCUCAUCAAGCUGUACAGACAGGCAGGGUACGCGGUGAUUGUGGUUGGCGACUUGAACUCCAAACCGGGGUCGCUGCCCCACAAGUUUCUCACGAUGGAGGCCGGGCUGAUCGAUUCUUGGGAACAGCUGCAUGGGACGCAGGACCUGGAAGCGAUUUCGCGCAUGGGCCCGUUGCAACAGUUGCUCAACGGCUGCACCACGUGCGACUCGCUGCUAAACACCUGGAGGGCCCACAGACAGCCCGAUGAGGCGUGCCGUCUGGACUACGCGCUCAUCGACCCGGAGUUCUUACAGACUGUCGAUGCCGGUGUCCGGUUCACCGAAAGGAUCCCUCACUUGGACUGCAGCGUUUCCGACCACUUCGCGUACUCGUGCACCUUGAAUGUACUGCCCCAGGGCGUGGAGACGCGUCCCGCCACCUCAGCAACGGGGGCCAGGGCCCACGCCCGGGACCUGCUCCUGCAGAAGUACUCCAACUACGAAACCAUGAUAGAAUGCCUCCACACGUACAUGAAGACCGCGCAGAGACAGAAGUUCUUGCGCGGCGUGCACUUCUGGGCCUCAGUGCUGCUGCUGAUUGCGACGCUGGUCGUGACGACGUUCACCGCCAACAGGGCGGGCUGGUCGUCCAUCCUGUGGGUUCUUUUCGCCAUUGCCGUCUCGAUCACGGGAACCAUCGACGGUGGGAUUUCGUUUCUGUUUGGCAGGUCUGAAAUCAGAGCGCUUAUCGAGGUGGAGCAGGAGGUCCUGGAUGCGGAACGCCAUCUGCAAACCUUUCUGAGCAAAAAAUGA